AUGGCUGUUUCUUUCACUCAUUUCUCAUGGUGGUGGUGGGCUGGGAGAGAAAAAGAACCUGUCUCUAGUGGGUCUUCUUUAAAUUCAUCUACUGAUUGGGGUCUAGGAAUGAGGGACGAGGAUACUGUGAAAUUUCCUUCUGUUAAAGGGACUAAAGUGGCCUCUUCCCCUAGGAAAGUCAAGAGGAAGUGGCAGAGUAGGGAACAGAGGAGAAUGGAUAAGCAGUAUGAUGCUGUUUUGGUGCCUUCUGAUGGUGUUUGUUUGUCAGGAUCUGAUACCAAUGAGUCAGACUGGUCAAUUGGGUGGCUGGAACCACAUGCCCCUGAUUUCCAGAGUGAUGAUGAGGCAGACAACAGUUUUGCAGUGUUGGUUCCUUGCUAUAGGCAUGAUUGCAAGGAUUUGGAGGAGUCCCCUAGCAAUCAUUUCUUCAGUGCCAUCAAGAACCCCUUAGCUGAGUACUCUGAUGAGGGCAAGAAUUACAUGGCGCAGUGGCUUUCUUCUCUUCAAAAUUUCUAA